AACAGCGGAAGAGGCAGCGGAGGGCGGCCGCGAUGCCUCGCCCGCGGCGGGUCAGUCAGCUCCUGGAUCUAUGCCUUUGGUGCUUCGUGAAGAAUAUUUCCAGAUAUAUCACAGAUAUUAAGCCUUUGCCUCCCAACAUAAAAGAUAGACUAAUCAAAAUAAUGAGCAUUCAAGGGCAGAUAACAGAUUCAAAUAUAAGUGAGAUUUUACAUCCUGAAGUUCAAAUUCUAGAUCUACAGAGCUGUGAUAUUUCAGAUACUGCUCUCCAGCACCUGAGUAACUGCAGAAAACUAAAGGAAUUAAAUUUAAAUUCUUCAAAAGAAGACAGACUUUCUAUAACAUCAAAAGGAAUAAAAGCUGUGGCUUCAUCGUGUUUAUACCUGCAUGAAGCUUUUUUGAAAAGAUGCUGCAAUCUCACUGAUGAUGGAGUCCUUGCUCUUGCACUCAAUUGCCGGCUACUAAAGGUCAUUGAUUUAAGUGGCUGCUUAGGUAUUACGGAUGUGUCCUUACAUGCAUUAGGAGAAAACUGCCUCUCUUUGCAGUGUGUUGACUUUUCAGCUACACAGGUAUCUGACAGUGGUGUGACUGCACUUGUUAGUGGGCCUUGUUCCAAGAAAUUAGAGCAGAUUCACAUGGGACAUUGCGUGAAUCUGACUGAUGAGGCUGUGGAAGCUAUCCUUACUUGCUGCCCUCAGAUAUGUAUAUUGCUUUUCCACGGAUGUCCUCUGAUAACAGAUCAUUCAAGAGAAGUCUUGGAACAAUUAGUAGGCCCAAAAAAGCUAAAGCAAGUGACAUGGACUGUCUACUGAUGCUACUGAAGCCUACCAAACUGCGCUCUUCAUACUACUUUCCCAGGAGACAACAGUCUACAGAGAUUGGCAUUUUACUUAAUUUAACAUGACUGUAUUAUAACCCUCAGCUAACCAGCUAAAUCCCAGGAUGUACAUGCUUUGUGCUUUGACAUUAACUAGGCUCUUAAACAUUUGAAAGUGCUAUUAUUCUAUAUUUGUUUAAUAUGUCAUUGUUUUUAAAGGGUAAUCCUAGCAUGACUUCUGAUCUAUUGGGGAAGGAGGAUUAUGUUUUAUUUCUUAAGUAGCAAGGUUUCUAAAUUAUCUGUUUUCUCUUAACAUUUCCUUCCCCAUCCUAGGUAUUUGAGUUGUCAAAAGAGAAUUUUACCAAUAUAGAUGACCUUUAGAAUUUUAAAUAAAGGGUAUUUCUUAAAGCAUA